UCCCUUUCCCACCGUGACGACAUUCCACGGACCUCUAACCCUGUGCCUGCGCGACGAUAAUGUGGAACAAGAUCCUGAAGUCGAAGCAGGGCCAGGUGGAUCCGCCAGAAGACUACGCUUUCCCCACGGAGGCCGUGGCUGGCCCAUCUUCUCCGUUGAAAAGCACUGUCGGGCGCAAAGGCGGCCUGAAGCUACACAGAGAGGACGGUUCUCUGAAACUAGCGUCCCCUCUCAAGCUUCAGAGUAUUCCGAAGAAAGUAAGGUCCACAUUCAAUCUGCCCGGCAGUGGCUCUCAGCUCAACGUCACCGAGAAGUCCCCGAAAGACCUCCUUCGACGUGCCUCGCAGGAAGUUCUUCCCAAGCCGAAAUCGAAAGCUCUGCGCCGAGCCUCCUUCAACCUUUUGACGCGUAGACCGUCCCUAGACGCGCUCAGGUCACACACCCCAGAGCCUCGGCCAACCUCUCCACUUGGAACUAUCUCGCGUCGGAAAGAGUCCUCGUCAUCCUCGAACUCUGCCUCAGGGACAGAGGACUCUGUUCGUUCCAUCCUGCGCGAGCCCAACACGCCGGGCACCGGCAAAAGUGUGCGCUUCUUUUCAAGUAACGAGCGCGACACUCCUUUGCUGGCUCGGGUACAGGACCUCAGGCCCACGAUAUCGCAAUCUACACCGCCAGAAGACGUGUUUCUAGGGAGUUUGAGACAAUCGAAUGCUCCGACGGUUGGGACAUUUACGGCCAUGCCAAGAUUGCCGUCGUCCCGUAACCGACCGACGAUUGCUCAAAUCUUCGCUCCGAUGGAGAAGGUUCGCGACUCCCCCGCUUCAUCCCCUGCACAUAUUACGACUUUUAUCGACAACCACGACAUUCAUGCUUUUUCUUCGUCCACCUCUGGACGGCAACCCCAUUCAGACGCUGUAUUCACGUCGACUCCUCAUAAGGACUCGGCGCCUGCAUCACCUGUUUUGACGACAGAUCUCGCCGACGAACACGUCCGCUCGCACGACCGUAGUGCCUCAUUCAGCUUCGGGCAACAGGUCUUCUAUCCAGAACCAUCCCAGUCGAAGCGCUCAUCGAGUGGGAAAUCUUCGCUGAUGUCCAAAACUUCGGAUGUUUCGGGAACAAGUUCUUCACUGCGAAGUCGCUCUCUUAGCGAUAGUGCGUUUUCGUCUCUGCUGCACACACCGCCCCAGUCUCCUGGAUCGAAGGGACAGGAGCCUGAUCCUUUCAGUGUGCACGCGAAAACAUACUACACGCCUCAGACAAUGAUACCAACGACACCGCCCAACGGCGGCAAGCGCCACGUGCGAACGGCAUCGAAGGAAGAAAGCAUGAUCUUCUCGCUGCAGGCGCAACUAGAUAUGCAAACCGAACUUUGUGGACAGUACGAGUCGGAUCUGCGCGCUCGGGACGAGAGUUUGGCUGUGCUACAAAAGCAGCUAGCGGAAACAGAAACCGAGGACGCGAAGAAACGCAAAUUCCUCCGUGCCUGGAAAAAGAAGGCCAUGGAGCUCGAGCGCACUUGCCAGAUGUUAGAAGACGAAGUGGAUCAUUCUCGUCAAGAGAGCAUGGAACGGAGCGUGAUGGACGAGGCAAGUGGUGAAGCUUUACGCGCGUUGCAUCGUCAGAUAUCUGGCCUGGAGCGGGACCGCGACUCUUGGAAACGCACCGAGACUGUGCUUCGAGACGAGAUCCGGCGGCUUGAGAAACUCGCCGGUGAAAAACGGACGGAAGCUGCUAUGCUUCGGGCCUCUUUGGGCAGUCUGAGCGAGAAAGAAGAGUUGCAGAGGCAGCACGCCAAUCUCAAAGGAAUGGUGGACUCCCUGGAGAAGCAGCUGGCCGAGGAGAAGGAGCAACACGAUGUCGAAAAGCUUGCCAUGAAGGAUGCUCAAGUUGAACUGCUCGCUGCUUUCAAAGUCCAACUCCUUGCUGGCCAAGAGCGCGAGGAGAAGGCAGCACGAAAUUUGGAAUCAGUCGAGGCUCAAAAAUGUGCUCUGGCCAUGGAACGCGAUUCCCUUCGACUUCAAGUGUCGAAAAUCCAGGACAAAAGCACCUCGUCUGACUUGGAGUUGAGAAAGGCUGAACGCAAAGUCACCGAGCUUCAACACGAACUGAGUACCGUUUCUGUCGGUAAGGAUACUGUCGAGAAGCUGAAUUCUCGUCUCCGAGAAGAGGAAUCGCGUUCGAGGUCACUCGAGCAGCGAGCACAGGAUUUGCAGCACGAGCGUCAAUACGCAUUAGACUCUGUCUCGCGGUUGGAGGCAACCAUUCGGAUUCGUGAUGCUGAAGCGGCCAAGGACUCGGAAGACAGGCGGAGAGCAGCCAUGGACAUCGAGCAGCUCCAGGCGCAGAUUCGUCAGAUGGAGCAGUCAUCGGAAGCAGAAAACACUCGCCUCCAACUCAAGUUCAAAGAGCUGGAAGAUCGGAACCGAGAACUCGAGCAACAGGCCAUCGACAAAGAUGUUCUCGUCGCCCAGAUGAGCGAGCAACAUACGCAAGAUUUGGCGGGCUUGAAUGCGACUCUGGACUCGAAACAGCAAGAGCUCGAUCUGCUCAAACGGCGGCCCAGUCUUCACAGACCAAGCGGCAGUAUUGCUGGGAGCGGAGUCAAACCCAUGGUGCGUCGAGACUCGUCGGUGCAGUCUACCCGAAUCUCCCGCCCGUCGUCUAUCGCCUCCGAGUCUGGACUGGAUCACAGUCGUGAACGCAAGCCAUCCGGCGAAAACACCUCCAAAAUCCAACCGAAGCCGGUGCCGACGCGUCUUGCUUCGACGUCCAAGCCUCCUCCAGUGCGUGGCAUCACGGGACCUCCCUUGCGCCCUCGGCCUUCCGUCGUGGGAUCAACCGUCAGUCCGACAUCGAGAAAGGUCUCCAAACCGGCAUCAAGCGCCACAGAGCUCGGGGAGAAAGAAAAUAGCCUGAUACCCUCUUCCCGGAGACUGUCCCGGAUACCCACUCUCGCUCACUAAGUAUUUAAUCACUUUUAUGUACUCACCUUAUUCAUCUGUAUUGUAUCUGACACACACACUCCUUACUUACUGUGAUGACUCUAAUGACCAUGCCACGAACUGGACGACUCUAUUUAUCAUUUUGUCCAUCCUUCGAUACCCGUAGCAUACACGUGACGCAUGUAUGUAGUACGGACUCUGGCCGUUCUCGGUUGGGACCGCGUCGGUAAUCUAUCUAUCUACCUACCUUCCCUUGUCGGGGCAGCGUUUCAAGUAACGGACAUCAGUCUGCAGAUGCACUCCGAGGUGGUAGGCGGCUGUUGUUGAUGGUGGCUGUGUAAUAUACUUGUCGAGAACUCUAACAUCGCUAUUAUGGCGCUCGAUGAAUGUGCGCUCCAAGCCGAAAGCUUAGCUCCUUUCCAUGACUUCCCGCUCUAUGAAAUUGCACCUGUCCGAGCGAGUGCGAGUCGGCGAUGAGAGUCUCGAAGGUCAUGUCGACUCAAACGUAGCCGGGGCAGCUGCAGAUGGUAUCGAAAACGUCCGCGUCAAGCUGAGAGGUUCUAUCUACGUCGAAAUCACUGUUACGAAACAUCGUCAGUCAGGAAACACUUCCUUCACGAACCGCGACACGCAACGCCGACGAGUGGAACUGCUGCGUUCGGAUGCCACACUAUGGACUCGUAACGACAGGCGGCAACCUACGAGCGAUGUGCUUCAUCUGCCCUUCCGGUUCCAACUCCCCCCGAAUCUGCCGCCUUCAUUCCAUUGCGAUGGUUCUUCGCAGAAAGGGAUUAUCUCGUUUAGUAUCGAAGUCGUCGGAGACCGCCCAGGACUGUUCAAAUCCAACCGUCGUAUCGGCGCUAUAUUCCCCGUCAUCCCGGCCGCUACGCCUGAUGCUGUCAAUCUCCGUAGACUAUUGAUAUCAGGAUGGUCUGGAGAUUGGAAGGGUGUGGAACAUCGGACUGAGAUACGCCGUGGGAUAUGGGGGUCUUAUUCUCAAGUCAAGACCACGCUGGUUCUCCCUGUUCUGCCUGCACUGCCCAUGUCGACGGAGAUUCCUUUCCGGAUUGUGAUCACCACCGACACCAAGCCUAUGCAGCACUCUCAAGGCCCGACGCACUCAGGGAAACCGGUGUUUCCGGAACCACCAAGCAACUUCUCGGAGCUCGAGCUCACGUUGAUCCGCCACGUGCGAAUGAUCACUGCGACGAGGAGCGACCGCUGCACGGAGACUGUCCUCCUUCUGGGACAGACGGGAGCAACGGCGGGGAGCCGGCAACAUGAGAUGGAGCGAGAUCCGCCUGAGUGGAUCCCGUCCGAGCAGGACCAGGGAAAGGGCAUCUGGCGUCGCACGGCGCGCAUGCACGGGGUGGCCUUCCUCCCUGUCCCUCCGACGUUCAGCUCUGAUAUCCUCUCUUGGGAUUAUGCUUUCCGGUUGCUUGUCCCUUUCCCUGGCAUCGGAAACGACAUGCAAUCCGACUCGCCGGUGUGCAUCGUGUCUUCUUUUGAUCGGACUCCUACAGCAAACUAUGCGGAUAUUCCUCCGCCCGGGCCUCCGCCAGUUUUGGAUUUACCUCCUGCCUAUUGGCAGGGAGAGUUCCAUGACUGGGACUCGAGGGGAAAAGAACAUUGACCUAUGUAAAUCAAGUAAAUAAGCUGCUGUGUAUCGUUGAUUCGAUCGAGUUCGACUGUGAAACCCUCUCUCACUCGGACGGUCCGGGGUGGAACCUGCCCGAGCAUCCCUAUCCUCGGUAAAUGACCAGUGUGACCCCUUAUAUGGCAUGUGAAUAGUUCUUCGAAGAUAGCGACUUUCUGCUCUUGCCACCCCACUUGUACGGCCACGGCCAGACCACAGGAGCCGUGUGAUGUGGCCCUUUUCUUCGUCCUUCCGCCGAAUUGUGGACCCCAAGCUGCAGCAGCGGGACGCCCUCAUCGCAAAUGUGACACUGGCUGCCGUUGACUCGAAGGACUCGGAUGCGAUCCUCAACGCCACCGCGACCGAAAUCGUGGCGGGCAUUUCUAGAGGAGAAUGGACGGCGUCGCGCGUGGUCGACGUGUUCAUUGCACAGGCUGUGGCUGCUCACAAGACCACCCAUUGCUUGACCGAAAUCCUAUUUCAACAGGCGCAGCAGCAGGCGCGGGAGCUGGAUGCCGAGUUUGCAGCUACGAAGCAGCUUCGAGGGCCGUUGCACGGUGUUCCCAUCAGCAUCAAAGACUUAUUUGAUAUCGCCGGCUUCGACUCCUCUAUUGGAUUUAGCGCGCGUCUGAACCAACCGGCCGAGACCGAUGCGGAUAUUGUGGCGCUACUCAAGUCCGCUGGGGGGAUCCCGUUCGUCAAGACCAAUGUUCCGCAGACGAUGUUCUCGUUCGAAUGCACUAACCCUGUCUUUGGCCGGACUACCAAUCCUUAUAACGCGAGCCAUACACCCGGUGGCAGCUCGGGCGGGGAGGCUGCGUUGAUUGCCAUGGACGGGUCGCCGCUGGGUGUGGGCAGCGACAUCGGAGGCAGUCUUCGCAUUCCGGCCUCCUAUUGCGGCAUCUACUCCUUCAAGCCUGGUCUCCAGCGGGUCUCCUAUAUUGGAGCUUCGGGGCUCCCUGGUGCCGAAGGGAUCACUCCGGUCCCAGGCCCAAUGGCACGCUCUGUGGCGGACCUGGAUCUGUUCUGCCGCCUGGCGUUUGGAGCGGCUCAGCGCAGUCUCACGGUAGCGCCUAUUCCAUACAGAGAUCAGACGCUGCCGGAGAAGCUGCGGUUUGGCUACUACACUGGUGCGCCCAUCCUCGCAAAUCUUGCACAAGGUGUGAAUUUGUGUGCAGACUUUUACUUCAAGUCGUCUCCUGCUGCCAAGAGAGCCGUCCUCGAGACCGUCGCCGCGCUGCGGGCGCAAGGCCACGAAUGUAUCGAGAUUGAGGUCCCGAAUGCGCGUGAACCAUUCGAGGUCUUUGUUGGCGCAACCUCGGCGGACGGAUACAAGACUCUGCUAUCCGGUGUUGGAUCGGAUCCGCUGGAUCCGAAGUUUGCUGGGAUACUGCGCAGCACAGGAUCCAAGCCCGUAUUUGAUCUGUACAAAUGGAUUGCUCGUCGGAACCAGUACAACAGCACGUUCUACAAGGAGGUGUGGGACAAAUUUGCUCUCGACGCUCUGAUAGCACCGGUCCAAGCGAUGCCCGCAAUUCCCCAUGACACAUUCUCGACCCUCUUCGCGCUGGCGUCCAGCACUGUGCUCUACAACGUGGUCAAUUCGCCCGUCGGAACCAUCCCCGUCACACGGGUCGAUCCGGCGCAGGACAAGCUGACCGAUCUGUGGACGAAGAUGCCCGGCAUCUCCAUGGUGGAGCGCCUGCUUUACGCGGGGCGCAAGCCCAUCUACGACCCGGUGUCGAUGGUGGGUCUGCCCGUGGGCAUCCAGCUCGUCGGGAGAAUCUGGGAGGACGAGAAGGUCCUGGCUAUGAUGAAGGUCGUCGACUCGGCCCUGGGCAGUGAGCGCGGAUUCGGACCACGCGCUUGGUCGAGAUGCGGUAGAUGA